UCCCGGGGGGCAUUGUGGGGGGGCCUGGGAGGGGGACCAUUGCCGAGGAGGGCACCGGGCACGGCAGUGGGCUGGCGGCACUGCAGGGACAAGGGGACACCAAAACCACCUGUCCUCUCUCUGGGCAGGGGACGACGGUCCUUCCCUCCCUCUCCACAGCAGAAUCGGGGGCAGGGGAAUCAGACCCACUCUGGCACUGCUGUCCCAGACACUGUGGCUAUGGGGGCCCAGCACCCUGCUGGGUGUUGCCCUCGGGUGACCCCACACGCAGGAUUUUGGCACUAGCCCUUCCCUUUCCGAGAUUAAAUCUUCCCCUCCAGGCCAUGCUCUACCAAGUGGAAAAAUCCCUAAACAAGCCAGCUUGAAGCACAAAACCACCUCCGUCCUACAGGGUUAUAGUGGAGAGAACGGAUUUUACUGGGAAACAGGACUGACACACUCACCUCAAUCUGUCACUGCUGGGGAAUCCGCUUCCCAUCAUCCUGAUCCAAGCCAAGGAGUCAGAUCCUACCGAGCACCAGCUCAUGGUCCCCAUGGGGCAGUUCAGGGGGUCUGUGUCCUGCAGCCCCUGAAGGGAUAGGACAGAGAUGGAGGGACAAAGCUGCAGCAAUGGAGAUGCUGCAGUGGGUGGCUGUGGAGGAGAUGGAGGGUGGGCGUGGGGGCUUGAUGCAGGGGGGAUGUGGGAUGAGCCCCAGUUCGGCAGCCACAGCACUUCCAUGGGAUCUUAGGUUGGAAAAGACCAUGAAGUCCAACUGCUCCCUCAGCACUAACAAGGCCACCACUAGCCCAUGUCCUCAGUUCCACACCCAGACAUCUGUUAAAUCCCUCCAGGGUCAUUUUUGGGGUCUUUCCCAAUGUGAGGAGGGAAGGCAGCACUGAGACAUUCAUUGCCUGUGGCCAUGACGGUGUUUACAGAGGAAACAGCCCUUUUUGGAGAGCUUUAUUGCCAAUUAUCUCCCUGCCACGACCUGCCUGGGCACAGCCAAACCAUGCAGCCUCCAGUGGAAAAUGGGGUGUCGUGGCCCCACAGGCACAAGCUGCCGCUCGUCCCGGCACACUCAGCUCACCCUCCCCUUGCAGCGAAAAGUAAACUCUUUGCCCAAACUUUCUUUUUCCUGGCUGAUUCAUGUCCCUGUUGCUGCCCCACUCAUGGGGAAGGAGCAGGAGCAGGAGCUGUUCCCUGGCAUGGCUCACAGGAAGGACAAGCUGACUUUAAAGUCCAGGAGCAAUUUCUCCAUAUCUUGGGUGUCCUUUUGCCCUGGCCAAAAAUCACAGUCAAAACCUCUUUCUCAUUGGCAUCAGCUUCCUUGUUCCUGCACUGAGCCCUAUCCGUCCUUAUCAACCUGCUGUGCGGGCUUGGACUUGGGAGUAUUUAUUCCUCCAGCAGCAGAGAGGAACCUAAUCCUGCACGGACGCCAGUGCCAGCGGAAUUGACGCAAGCAGCACUGAUUCCCAGGGCUGCCCUCCCUCUGGCACAGCCGUGUCCCCCAGGGAGCCCCAUUGGGGUGCAGAGAAGCCCCCAUGAGUGCAGCGUCCACAGCGCAGAUGCCACUGUGGUGGUUUCAAGGUCAAAUAUUUGAAUGUCACCCCCACAACGGAGCCAGCACGGCGAGAAGGGGACGAGCCUGCACUCCCAGGAUGGCCAUAUCUGUGCCACCUACAUCCUUGGCGUCCCCCGUAUCCCCCAUGCCAAGCACAACUCUGAGUAUGACACAAGUGCUCCACUUUUAGCAGCAGAGCCGGGUCUGUCCCGACCUUUCCUUCCUGCUGAUCUCAGCCUCUGAGUCAGGGCAGGAAUCCGAGCGUGCCCACCAAAAAUAACAAAUGUUAAAUUAAUCCAGUUUAAUCUUAAUCUCAUUUGACAACCAGCUCAGCCGGGGGUGCUCCCCGGUGUCCAACUGACCAGGACUCCGGGAUGGGGGGAAAGGAAAAGGGCUCCGGAGCCCGGCACCCCACACGGUUUAACUCUUCAACCGACAUGAGAAAGGAAGCCACAGGCUCUGCAGAGUCAGGGUUUGGGAGCAGCAGGGAGCCAGUGGGAUGGAGGGCACUGGAGCAUCCCUGGAGCCUUGGACCUCUCAACCCUGGGAGUCUGCAGCUUGGAGCAUCCUUGGAUGAGCUGGUGGCCAGCACAAGCAGAGGGGGUGACACUCACUGCUGGUGAAAACAACCUCACUCAUUAAGGACUCCUCAUUCCACGCUUCUGGGAUUAGCAGGAAAAUGUCCUUUCCCUGAUGCAGCUCAGCCCAGCACACUCUGCUGUGCUCCUGUCACCUUGUACACAGCAACGCAACCAUAAAAAUCCAUUUGGGAUGGAUUUAACUUUGUUGGGGUGUCUCCAAAUUCUGUAAGAACUUUCAGAAGACACUCCUUCCCCCGAGGCUGCUCCUUUAAGGGAUGCUGGGUUUUCCCAUGGACUGACUCAGACUGGAAACUCUCCAUUUUUGGUGCUGUUAUCUGGGUCAGCCCCACUGCUCACCUCGCUCACACUCACCGAUGCUUCUUGCUGCGCUUGGCAGCUCCGGCCGCAGCAGGAGGAGGAUCCCAGCAGGAUCCUGAGGACAGCCAAGGUAAGAACCCUCUACUCUGCCCAGCUUCCAGACCCCUACAUUUAAAUACAAAAUAUGCCAGCUCAUUGUCCUCACCUGCUGCUCCCAUGUGUUAUCCCCUCCUGGCACAGCAGCCGGUGAAGAUUCCACCUGGUUUGGGCUUGAACAACAGGACAGCUUUUUCCUUCUUUUUUUACUUCCCAUUUCUUUAGCACUAAUGCAUGAGGAGACUUUAACAGAGACAAGAUCAAAGCCCAGCAUCUGCCAGCAAGGGAAACAGUCUUGUUCCUUUGGCUUUGGAGUCUGCAAAUGCCUAUAAAUUGGAAUAAAAAUAUGAAUGUGAUUCCCAGGGGAGGCAGAGCCUGCAGUCCCUUGUAAAGCUGCCAGUGGGCAGAUUUAGUGUGUUUUCAGCUCUUUUCAUAGAAUACGAGUUGUAUUUUUUCAUUUGCUCUGACUUGCAGAAGGUUCAUCUGCUUCUCUUAGUAGGUCAGGUAAUAGGGAGGCACUUGAAAUUUGACUCACUAGUGAUGAGUAUUUGAACAUCCCUUAAACCAAACAAGGUCAGUUCACACGGCAGGAGAAAUACCGAAAUACUUGCUGCUGCUGGUGGCCUGGUUUGGGUUGAAAAACAGCAUUUUGAAGCUUUCACUGUGGACUCUGCUGUCUCUCCAGGGAAAACUUGCCAUUCCUGACUUCAGGUACUGCAUGGGGUUAUUUGAAAAGAAAAUGAGGGAGCUGUGGGGCUUUUCUGGAUGUUCAACCCUGGGUAGGGGAAUGGGGUGUCAGGUCAGGGUCUGCUCCCAGGAGGAUGUUUUUCAUGAAAAAGAGCAAUUUUCCCCCAGGGAGUUGCAUUUCCUUGCACUUCAGUCCGUGCCUUGGUUGUUUCAAAGCUGACCCAUCCCCACAUCCCAAAUCCCACAGGGCUGGUGAGAUUAGGCUUCCCGUCUGGAGAGGGUUUGUCCUGGCAGGAUGCAUCCAAAGAAGCUGGGGAGGAAGUCAAAGGGAACAGGGAAGAAUUUAGGCAAGACUGUGGGAUGCAGACACAAGAGUGGCUCCUUGGGGAGAGGUGGGAAACCCUGGCCUGAGGUUUUGGGGCUGUCUCGGGGGGUUCACUGCUUGCAAGAGCCAUUGUUCAGCUUGGACAGGACCUGUGGGAAAGAUCUUAUGGAAAUGGAAGUUUUGUCCCACAAAACCAUGUCUGAGCAUCCCAAGAGAUGGAGACUGUAUGGUGAGCCCUGCUGUGUGGUCAGCAUUAAAGAGCUUUUUCUUAUGUUUAGCCGGAAUUUUCUGAUUUCCAGUGUGAGUCCAUUGCCUCCUGUCCUUUCACUGGGCAAUGCUGGGAGGAGUUUGGCUCCCUCAUCUUUACUUCCUUGUCUAUACCCAAGGAUUUAAGCCUCUUUGAGCCCCUCCUCUCCAGCAGCUCUCCCAACCCUUCCACAUUUCCCAGGUGCUCCCGACCCUCAGGCAUUUUUGCUGGACUCCAAUCUGUCCAUGUCUCUCCUGUCCUCAGGGGAGCCCAGCCCUGAUCCCAGCAUUCCAGAUGUGUCUCCUCAGUGCUGAGCAGAGGGACACCAUCCCCCUGACCCACCAAACCUGUCUCUUUCAAGGAAGGUUUUCAGCCUUGAUUUCCCUGCUGUAAAUCCACGUUUUCCUGCUCCCAUCGCCUCCUGGUGCUCCUGCCUGUGCUGGAGCUGGUUUCCAGGAGGAUUCCCUCCAUCCCCUUUCCUUCCACAGACUAUGCCAUGCGUGGGCAGUGGCUGCAGCCCAGGCCAUGGCAGGGUCUGGCAAUGCUUUGGUGCUCCACAUCCUGGUCUGCUGCCUGUGCCAAGGUGCUGCAAACAUCAAGUGCUCAGGGCACGUCUGGGUCGACCCCGCGCCCGUAGUGCAGAUGGGCUCCAACAUCUCCAUCAACUGCCUCUCCACCCUCGGCUGCCCCUCAGCCAAGUUCAUCAUCCUCCUCAACUACAACCGCACUGAGGGUCCCCUGCACCCCCUCAACAGCAGUUCCGUCCAGCUCCGGCUGCACGAUUUCCAGCUGCCCUUCGGGGCCAUCGUCUGCUUUGCCCGCUGCCCCAACAGCGGAAGGGACCAGCUGGUGUGUGGCACUGAGGUCCGGGCCGGCUACCCUCCAGACCCCCCCAGCAACCUGAGCUGUGCCAUUGCCGAGGGCUCGGAGCACCUGGAGUGCAGGUGGGAUGCAGGGAGGCCGCCCCACCUGCUCACCCACCACACCCUCCACCUGCGCAGGUUGGUGGCAGAAGAGGAGGAGGAUGCUGAGGAGGAGGAAGAAGAAGAGGAGAAGGUGUUCCCUGCAGACUCACCAGUGCCCCUGAGUGCGCUGUGCAACAGGAGCCACUAUUCGGUGUGGGUGCAGGCCAGGAAUGCAUUGGGCACUGCCCACUCGGCCCCACAGCUCCUCAGCCUGCAGGACAUUGUAAUCCCCACUCUGCCCCUGGUCACUGGUGCUGAGACAACAGAGGCAUCCUCUCCCACCACCACGAUCCACUGGAGCAGUCAGACAAAGCUGGAGAACGUGCACUGCGAAGAGCGACACCAAGCCAAGGGCUCUCCAGCAUGGCAUGUGGAGGUGUGGGACAGUGCAGCACAGGAUGGGCCCCGCUGGCAGCACAGCCUGCAGAGUGACACCCAGUACCUGUUCCAGGUCAGGUGCAGGCUCAGCAUCCCCAACAGUCCCUGGAGUGCCUGGAGCCCCCCCUUUCUCUACACCACCCCCGAGGCAGCCCCCGCCGCGGCUCCCGACGUCUGGCGGCGCCUGGGCCCGGCGUUCCCCAACGGCAGCCACGAGGUGACGGUCUUGAUCAAGCCGCUGCCCCCCCGGGACGCCCGCGGGAGGAUCCUGGGCUAUGCCGUGGCUGCCGAGACCCCCGGAGGAAUGCUGGUCCUCUGCAACACCUCCAGCACGGAGUGCGAUAUCACUGUGCAACCGGGAACCCACACCCUCCUCAUCACUGCUCACAACUCCAAGGGGGCUUCCAGCCCGGCCAGGAUCACUCUUGGCCAGGGUGCCAGCAGCCAGGAAGAAUUCCCAGCACCAGUGGCUCUGGAGGUCAAGCCUGACAACCAGAGCAGGGUCUUGGUUCACUGGCAGCCCCCCCAGCACAGCAAGAGCCCCCCACUCUGGUUCAUAGUGGAGUGGGUUUCCACCUCCCAGUAUCACCAGGAGGAGCACUAUUUUUGGAAGAAAGUCCCAUCCCAGGAAACACACACAUACAUCCAAGAAGAGGCAGCAGCUGGGUUUCGCAUCAAUGUGUCUGUGUACGCGGUCUACACGGGCGGAGUCAGCAAACCCAGCUCUGGCAAAGUCCCUCCAGACGAGCCGCUCCUGGGCAGCAUCUACAGUGAGAAUCCCCAUGAUGAUGACAUCAGAGUUUUCCUGGGACUGGGCAUCAGCAUGGUCAUAUUAUCAGUUGGUUUUGCAAUUCUGAUGUUUAAGAAAUCAGUCAGGAAAAGUAUUAAAGUCACCACUGUGCAGCUUUUGCCAAAAUGGCUGUUUGAAGAGUUUCCCCACAUGGAAAACAGCAACGUGGUAAAGUCCCUCCAGAACAAGAGUGAUUUAACGAGUGACAGUUUCCAGGAUCCACUCCUGGACACCAGCGACCCCACAGUUAUGGAAGUCGAGGAGGUGCCGGCGCAUGAGGCACACGAGAGUGUGGCCACCCCAAGGAAGCCCAGCAGAGAGGUCACUGAGGAUGGGGAGAACCCAGGGGCCGUGGCUCCUGCCAGCACCACAAUCCUGGAGCAGAUCAGUGACUACAAACCCCAGAUAUCCAAUGGGAACACACUGGGAUACAUCGCUGCCAACAUUUACCAGACGCAGCCCCCCACAGUCCUCCCAGAACCAGAGAUGAGCAUCUCUGGAGACUACACGAGCCCUGUUCCACACCUGUGGGAUGGGGAGGGAGGGGCACCCCAAGUCUGUCUGCUGGAGAAGAUCAACCUCAUCCUAAACGACAGUCGGAGCGGGCAAAGCCAGAUGUUUGUCCCAGCCCAGGGGGGACACGCGUCCCUCCCAGAGAACCAGUGGGGACAGAGCCUGCCCAGCCAUGACCAAGAGCAAAUGCUGGUCCCCAAGGAGCUACUCUCCUGCCUCAGAUCCAUGAACAGGGACUCAGCGGAUAUAAAGCCCUACUUUCCACAAAGCAUUGGAGGAUUAUUUUGAGAGGAAUUGUACUUGUGGUUAAAACCCCAUAAGUGGUGACCAAGGCAGGUAUCAGAUAUUUGAGAUCACCAACAGCAGAGCUGGAGCAAAACUCCCAGUCAGAAAUUUGCCCUCUUGCUCACUACAAGUUCUUGUGGCUGCCUGGAAAACUUGGGCCAGUAAAUCACAAUUUUAAACUUAUCUUGUAUUGACACAAGCAAAAGAACUGUAAAACCUGGAUUCCUGUAGGAACUGAAAUGCCAAGCAGGUGAUUCUUGCAAAGUGCAAUGUGUUUUAAUUAUUAUUCAACAUCAUUCUCUUGUUAAAUAUUUGGAGCAUUUCGUCCUUGGAGGUGAUUGUGGUUACCAUUGAUAAAAAAAAUCCCUCAGACAUCCUGCCAGAGGUGUGUAAAAUAUUUUGGGAUUACUCCUGAUGAAGAGACACUGCACCAAGAAGGAUUUAUGUAUCAUACAUAGGUGCCAACAACUCUUCUGUUUGACAGAAUAACCCAAUUUCAUUUUCCUCCCAUUCCAUAAUAAAAACCCAAUGAGGUAAGAACAAGCCUUCAUUGCCUGCCAGGCUGAUUUAAAAUCCCUCUGAAUUGGUCCCUGGCCUAAUCCUUCACUUUGGGUGAGGGAUUUAUCACCUCAGAGCACUUUUGUCAGUGCCUCAGCUUGCUGUGUGAAGCACAGUGUGGCACAGCAAAAUGGGAUUUUUUUAGGCAUGUGACUGGGAAUUUGGAUCUUCUGACAUCCAGAAGGUGAAAUGCAGGAGUCUUCUUCCUGCUGAGCAGUCAUGAAACCAUUUACAAGUUUUCCUGGGACUUACAAAACAUUCCCAAAGUAUAUUUCUUUCAAUUUUUCCUAGGCACUGUAUGCAUUUCUCUAUCAGCUGUUGCACAAAUGGAUCAAUUUUGUUGUUUAUCCUGGAUACUUCCAAACCAACAUCAUUGUGGGCUGUGCUUGUUUUCUUCUAACACCCCAAGAGAUCUGUCACUGAUAUUUCUGGAGUAGUAGAUACCUGGCUAAGUGGGGUAGGAUUAUUCUUCAGAAGCAGCAAACUGUUUCCAAGGCAGAAAUGUGACUGUUUCAUGUAGGUGAGUCUAAAAUUAGUGACUGCUGCCUGAGCAGGAAGGAAAUUGUAGAAGAACAGCUACAUACCAUCAGUGUGAGAUGGGGAAGGUAUUUUUUUCAAUGUCCACAUCCUGAAACUUGUGCUGAACUUUGUCACCUGAACUACCAAAGCUCACAGGGGAAAAUGCUUCUUUUGUCAGCAAAUAAGGCUGAAAGCUUGGUCUUACCUUUCAGGCUCUUGCUGGUUGAAUUUCCAGCCCUAAUAACUCCCUCCAGCGUGGAUCCCUGCAAAUAUAUCCACGGCCAGGGGAGCACAGGGAUGAAACAUUGCCCAGAUCACACCAUGGAUAUUUGCCUCAGCAGUGCCAAUGCUCCCACUGAUUUCUUAGAUGCUGAAGGAAAUAUUUCUCCUUUUCAUGGGUGUGGGGGUGCAUCUGGUAAAUUUGGGCUGGUUACUGGAGGAAAUGGAAAGAGAGGGGCACAAAUAUAUAUUUACAUAGUGCUUCACCAUAUAUAUAUGUCGAUACGGUGAGGCCCUGGCACAGGUUGCCCAGAGAAGCUGUGCCUGCCCCGCCCUUGGAAGUGUCCAAGGCCAAGUUGGACAGGGUUUGGAGCAACCUGGAAUAGUUGAAGGUGUCCCUGCCCAUGGCAGCAGUGGAACUGAAUGAUCUUUAGGGUUUCUUCCAACCCAAACCAGUCUGGGAUUCCGUGAUUCAAAACACUGGGCCAGGUUGUUCCAAGGCCCGUUAAACCUGGCCUUGGACACUUCCAGAGAUGGGGCAUCCCAUGAACCAAAUCAUGAUGUCACUCUCAGUAGAUUUAUUUUAACAUCUCAGAUUCCCUCCCUCCCUCCCUCAAAUAUUACAUACUCCCUAAUCCUUGAUAUCAGUAUUUUCUAACGUUUGGUUUUACUGUUGGCAGUUGGAUCUUGUGCCAGCGAUUUCUACUAGUCAUUUAUCAGCUCAGGAAUGAAUUUUAUGGGUUGUUCAGUGCCAUCACAACCUGGGUUUAUGUACCUGGGAGGCACUUAAAGGAAGGGUACACUGAAUAAUGUCUCUGCCCACAGAGAGGGAGCACCAAAAACAAUGACUCGUGUAACUCACUGAUUGCAAACUCCUCUGUCCAUGAUCCCCUGCGAGUGACAUCUGUGUGUCAAUACUUAAUGAUGAGACAUCCUUUGUUCUGAAUGAGUAACAUGGAGCAGUGUUCUUACACGUUACUUACACCUACGUGUACUGUAAUAACUACCAAAGCAGAAUAGCUGAUGACCCACAGAGAUGCACCGCAACACGGUGUCCCAUCGCUACCCAAAGUUCUAACACAACCUCCCUAAAACAGAUAUUUUUAUAGAAAUAGAAGGAGAGAACAGAUGAAAAAGAAAUAAGAAAUUGGGUGUUCAAAGCUUCAGUGGGUUUGGAGAACAGCAGAGUCAUCCACUCCUGCUCUUAUCUCCAUCCCCUCCAUAGAGCAGGGUGUAUCUACUGGGUGUAUCAAGUGUGACCUUGAGGCAAUAGAAGUUAUCAGCACCACUCCCUGUGGGACUUGUUUACCACCCUUCUUCAAAGAGUAGAGUUGGAGAUUAAUUAAACCAAAUGCAGAAUGCAGAGAUUAUAAAUAAAUUUGACAUGUAAUAAAUUAUGCAUCAAAUGUA